AUGUUCUAUAGCACAGAGAUCCUUUGUGACAAGCGAUAUGCUUUGUCUACUGUUUGGCGCGCCGGCAACACGGCAAUUGGAGCUCGCACAACCGGCAUUCGCCGCAAAGCGGUCCUUGAGGUCAGUGUAGAGCAAACUUGCGGCACAAUCAAGGAUCCUCCCGGUGCACCCAUCGCUUUGCGUCUUCAGGGCACCCUGCUCUACGGCACCGCUCGCAUCUACCAGGAACAGUGCCGUUAUGUCCUCAACGACAGUGAGCGCGCACAGCGUGCCAUGGCCAAGCUGCACAACGGUUUCCUAGACGACAAGCUCGACAAGAAUGCCGGAAGGGCCAAAUCCGUUCAAAUUGUCCUCCCGAACGACCCUUGCUUCGAUCUCGAUCUGUUCCAGCUGCCCCCGUUUGAUUUCGACGCACCAAUGGACGGUUCGUUUCUCUCCCAGGAACACCAGGCAUCGUGGACAAACAUGUCUCUCAGCUCGCGCUCGUCCAACAAGAAUCAGCUUCCCCAGCUUAUGCUCGACGCUGACUCGUCUGCUGGUGGGUCGUAUCCUGGCGCUUUCCGCUAUUCGGCUUCUGGAGCCUCCCAGGUGCCCGAGUCCCCUACUCCGCUCGCCAGGGUCGAGUUUCAGGAUGAAGAAAACUUGCUUCUUGAUGUCGGUCUCUUCAUUGACGAGAAUGGAAACAUUGUCGAGGAGGAGCCGCGGACCGAGCCGCAGCUGCCCGCCUUUCCAUCAAAGCCCACAAAGGCGACAAGCGACACUGUGGUGCCGAUGAUUGUAGACGACGAUGGCGACAUCUUCAACGCCGACGCUGCACUCCAGGAACAUGCUCACGGGAGCAAGACAAGCGACGGUUUCAAACCCAACCUACUGACCCAGACACCGUCCUCUCCUAGCAAGCUUUCAUCGGCUUCGUCUACCAUGGUGGCCCGGGCAGCGAAUCGAAAUGCCUCACGAGUCAAACUUAAUUUCGUUGAUGGUGUCACGCAAAUCCCUCUCAGGGACUAUUUCAACUACGUGACCAACUAUACUGCGAACAUGGAACGAGCCGCCGAGAAAAAAGGCCAUGGCCGGAUCCUUCGUCGGGCCCAUGACACCAACCUCCACAGGCAGAUCGCGCAUGCUUUCACCUUUGGACGUGGAGUGUUUGGCGUGGCCGAUGCUGUCACGAGCCAUUACCCAAAUCACCCAUUGGCGCAGAUGUUCGCUGGUGACGCCCUCGGGGAGGCGCUCUUGGGUGACGGUCUGGCCAGAGCGAAACGGCGCCGUCUGGAUGCCAUUGAACCCAGCACGCCCAUUGCUCGCGGUGUCCGCGGCGUACAUCUGAACGGGUUUGACGACGAGCAGGAAAUUGAGCUUGGUCGUCAGCCAGGCUCAGCGCUGUCGGAUCACCCAUCGCUUGCCCUUCGUCAGUCAUCUGCCUUGCCUGGAUCGUCUGCUCAUGGCAGUGUGCAGCGCAGUGCCGCGUCGGCCAUUCGCCAUCUUCCCGAUGGCCGGCUCUCCAGCGCAGGCUUCCCCGAGAGCCCAAGUUUUUUUGAGCGCUACAGCGACGAGGCCAUGGACAUUGCGCAGCAUCCAGCCAGCAACGAUGGCAAUCUCUUUCUCCCAUCUGUCAGCUCAGUGGCUCCGGCUGGUGCCGGGGCCCCGGUCGGUGCCACUGGAGACAAGGCCAAGGACAGCCAGGCAGGUAACGAAGACAAAGUCGGCGAAGAGGUGCGCAAUGCCGCUGUAUUUUUCGAACUGGUUCGUGAGAUGGCCACCGAUCAGGGCCUCGCUCGGCCGGAUGCUUCGGCGACGCACCGCUGGAUCGAGUUUGGCGACGUCGUCGCACCUUUCAAGGCAAACCGCGCUGCAGUCGUGGGUGCCUUUAUGAGUCUUUUGUCGCUGACCACGGCAAACAAACUGCGCAUCCAGCAGGACAAUGCCGAGGGCGAUGUCAUUGACCGCGACAUUUUUAUCGGCGUGAAGCCGAAAAAGCGCGGUGGCGACAAGGUCACAGGCAAAGCCAAAUUGAAGGCCAAGGGCAAGAAGAAGCGAAGCAUCCAGGAGAUCAGCGAGGACAACAACAGCGGCGAUGUGGAUGAGCUCAUGGCCGAACACCUUUUCUCCAGCCCGAGGACUGUCGAUCAACCCUUCCGUGGCAGUGACCUGACUGGCAUCGAGCUCAUCGGCGUAGCUUGA